UCGAUUGGCUGGCGAUAACAGCGCAAGAGAAAUAUCACAAAAAAAUAACCUUUUUCAUUUUUCUUCGACAAAAAUGUAAAAAACUAUGAGUUUAGCAGAGUUGACAGCGACCAAGACGAGAAAAAGCACACGCAGCUCUGCCAAAGAAAACCACGACGACGAGUGAGUGGAGUAGAAGGAAGGACCAGGAGCGGAGUAGCAGGAGUAGCAGGAGCAGCGGGCGGAAAAAUCAAUUGCAGCCAUGGUGAUAGAGAAGAUCAUCGGCGACCUGGAGUCCAACAUGACGCUGGAGAACGAGGAGGCCAAGCGCAAGCUGGUGGAGCUGCUGACCCAGAACAAGGAGCAGUGGGUGGUGCAGUUCAUGCUGGACUACUUCUUCAAGACCGGAUCUCAGCGCAUUCUGGAGGUGCUGGUCAAGGCACAGGCGCCGCACGACGGCUUCAUCUUCGACCGGCUGGACGACUGCCUGAAGCAGUCCCAGCACCGCGUGCAGAGCCUCCAGGUGUUCUGCUUCAUCGUGCGCCACCAUCCCACCUGGCUGUACAAGAUCGAGAAGCACCGGCUGAUCAAGAGCGUGUUUAAGCUGCUCACUCACGAGAAGGAGAUUGUGCCGCUGAUGAGCGCCCUGCUGUGCAUCAUCACCCUGCUGCCGAUCAUCCCCAACUCGGUGCCCAAUUUCCUGAACGAUCUGUUCGAGGUCUUUGGACACUUGGCCUCGUGGAAGCUGCAAAAUAGCGCCAAGAUGCCGGACGAGAAGCUCGUCCACCUGCAGUUGGGUCUGCAAAUGCUGUUUCACCGCCUGUAUGGAAUGUAUCCCUGCAGCUUUAUGGCGUAUCUAGUGGACUUUAUCAAGCGGGGCAACGGCGGAGGGAUAUUUCAGCACACAAUAAAGCCGCUUUUGGACACGGUGAGAGUUCAUCCUAUGCUGCUGACUGCGACUCCCGAGACCGAGGUGAACAAUACGCGCUGGAAGGAGAUGGAGCCGCAUGACGUGGUCAUGGAGUGCGCCAAUCUAUCGCUGCCCGUCCUUUUGACCGAGGCGAGCAACGAGGACGGCAGCUAUGCGUAUCCCAUGACCCCGGGCUACAGUCGCAUGACCUCGAACACCUCGAACACGGACUACAGCUACCAGCUGAGGGAGUUGCAGCAGUCGAGGAAUGUCUACGCCCGCUUUGAUUCGUCUGGCGGGGAACUGGGUCCCAUCUGGAGUCCGCACAACGAGAUAGCCUCUACGAGUAGCGCCAUUCCGCUGACGCCCACCACUUCGUUUAUUCUGCCCCUGCAGCCGGCAAUGAAUUCCCAGCUAAUGGUGGGCAUGACGGGCUCCUCGCCACCUGAGGCAGCUGUGGAGGCCACGCCGGAGACGACGCCUUUAAAAGAUUUAAGGGACAUCAAGCAGCCGGGCCGAGCGGUCAACUCCCAUGCAGUGAGAGCUAUUUUCGCAGCCAGCCAGCCUUCUUCUCCGAUGCGCAAGGAGCAGCAGAGUCAGUUCAGCUUCCCGGAUGUCAGUCGCGAGGCGGAGGAGAGCAGUCAGUCCUUUCUGGAAGUCACCCGGGUGACGACCACCUACGAGCGGCGCCUGCAACAGGUCAUGCAGGACAGGCAAAACGCCACCUUUCCCAGCAGCAUGCCGGAAAUCGGAAACUCGGAACUCGCUGCCGUCUAUCCACCGGUCAGCCAGCAGGAGUUCCCCGCCGUUUGCGGCGAGUGCAACGAGACGGAGAGGAGCCUGUGCAGCGUGGGAGGCCUGCACAUGCCCACCAGUCGCUCUAUGCAUCAGCUGGCCAAGAAGCGUCGCAAUCGCAUGGCCAGUUAUAGUGGCAAUGACAGCUGCGCGGACAGCAGAAGCUCCGCGGCCAAGAAGGCCAACUGGAGCGUGGAGAGCGCGGAGAAUCCAAUGCGAAGGACCAAGUCCUGUUCCGCGUUGGCCGGAAUGCGGCAGCAGCAGAUGGAAGAAAACGACGACGAGGCCGAUUGUCCAGGGGGACAGAGACAGCAGAGAUCGGAGCAAAAGACUGGCAGUCGGCUGCAGAGGAGCGGCCGCAUUCUGGCCAUUUCGGCGCCCAAGGAGCCGGCCAGAAGCUGCGCCCAUGCCGCCACCCAGACGGUCGAGGGAGUGGACAGUGCGCCGGCGCAGUACGAGAAUUGGCUGAUUGAACUGCUGCUGGAGUGCAAGGAGCAGCGGAAUAACUACGAGCGAAGCCUUCUCUACCCGCAGGACAUCCUGGAUGAGUACAUCAAGCAUGCGAUCAAGGCGAAUGAGACCUUCGACGCCGAGCAGGGCCAACUGAUGUGCCUGCAGCUGGAGUACGAGAGCUACAGGCGGUCCAUACACGCGGAGCGCAAUCGAAGGCUCAUGGGAAGGAGCAGGGACAAGCGCAGCCUGGAAAUGGAGCGGGAUCGGUUGAGGGAGCAGCUCAAGAACUUCGAUGCGAAGAACAAGGAUCUGGCUGGGAAGAUGGAUCAGGCUAUAAGGUUGGCCAAUGAGAGACAAACCCUUCACCAGGAGGAACUCAGCGAGAUGAGGUCCAAGUACCAGCACGAGCUAGAGGAGAAGAAGUGCCUGCGGCAGGCCAACGAUGACCUGCAGACGCGACUCACCAGCGAGGUGGCGCGCCACAAGGAGAUGAACUACGAACUGGAGUCGCUGCGCGGUCAGGUCUUCAGUUUGGGCACCGAACUGCAGCACACGCAGCAGCAGGCGGACAUGGGACUGCAGUGCAAGCAGGAGCUGGCGCGCCUGGAGGCCGAGUUCAUCAUCAUGGGCGAGGUGCAGGUGCGUUGCCGCGACCGCCUGGCCGAGAUCGACAACUUCAGGGCCCGCGACGAGGAGCUGCAGAUGCUGCACGAGAGCAGCCAGCUGGAACUGAAGGAACUGAGGCACUGCCUGGACGAGAAGACAUCACAGCUGGAGAGCAUGAAGCACAAGAUCAGCGACCUGCAGGCCCAGCUGGUCAACAGCGAGAAGGCCAUGACGGAGCAGAAGCGACUUCUCAGCACGGUCAAGGAUGAGUACGAGGAAAAGUUCAAGUCCGUGAACAAGAAAUACGACGUGCAGAAGAAGAUUAUCAUGCAGAUGGAGGAGAAGCUGAUGAUGAUGAUGGCGCAGCCGCAGGGGAUAGCAGGUCACAACACCUGCUCCCCUGACACGGACAGAACUGACAUUGCUUCCUCCAUUGAGCGCAACUCACCGCUGUCCACUUCGCUGGCCUCCAGCGAGAGUCUUUCGGCCAGUCUGCGCUCCACGGAGCUGAAGAACCUGCAGCAGCUGGUGGACACACCCUCGAUGCCCGAGGUGCUGAGCAGCCUGGCCGCCGGCGCCCAGUUCGAGGACGGAGUGCGUCUGCCGGCCGUGGAUUUGGCCACCUCGGCCAGCACCGCCAGUGCCAUCAACAUCGUGCCGCACGCCUUGGACCUGCCGUCGACCUCCGGCGGCAUCAGCGGUCACCCAACGCUCACCCACCCACAUCCGCACCCGCAUCUCCACCUGCAGCAGCAGCAGCAGGAGCAACUGCAGCAGGAGCAGCUGGCGCAGUUUGUAAAAAAGAACUAGCUUUCCUUUCCUUUUGCUAAACAAAUGUCUUUUUGGGGUAAAGCCAGCUACAAACAGAAAAUCAAGAAAAAAAACGUUAUCGGUUCUUCAUAUUUUUUCAUAUUCAGUUCAAAACUGUAACUAAGGUUUAAUAAAUCGCUGACUCCACGCAAUAAUUAUAAAGGUUAUACAAAAUAUUAAUGUUUGAAAUUUUAACUUGUUUAGCACAUUGCAAUUUGUUGUAAAAAAAAAUGGUUUUGAUACGAGGCAAUAAGUAAGGCGCGCAUUCACAUUAUAAUAAACAUUUAAUUAAGAUUCAGCAAGCAUAAAA